UUAACGUCGGCCUCUGACUGAUACGGAGCGGCUUGCCAAAGAUCUGGUCAGUUCAGUUUCUGCCUGACUCCAUCGCUUGUCGAAGUGUGUCGCGCGUCAACGCUGAGAUGCUUGCGGCCAUCGUUCUGAUGUUCGGUUUGGUGUCAUGUGGAGCCCAACUUGGAGACGACAGUAAAGGCAGACGAAUAAGGAAUCUGGAUUCGAAUGGAAUUCCGAAAGCCGUGGAGGAGUUCAGCAACGAGGCCCAGCUGCCGAGGUUCGCGGAGCCCAUUCCCAAUGUGACGGUGACGGUCGGCAGGGACGCUCUGCUAGCCUGCGUCGUCGACAACCUGCGCGGCUACAAGGUGGCCUGGGUGCGUGUCGAUACGCAGACCAUCCUGUCGAUCCACCACAACGUGAUCACGCAGAACCCGCGCAUCUCGCUGUCGUACAACGACCACCGCUCCUGGUACCUGCACAUUAAGAACGUGCACGAGACGGACCGCGGCUGGUACAUGUGCCAAGUCAACACCGACCCGAUGCGCAGCCGCCAGGGAUACCUCCAGGUUGUCGUGCCGCCCAGCAUCGUGGACCGGGAGACGAGCACGGACAUGGUGGUGCGCGAGGCGGCGAACGUGACGCUCACGUGCAAGGCGGUCGGCUACCCCGAGCCCUACGUCAUGUGGCGGCGAGAGGACGGGGACGACAUCAACUACAACGGCGACAGCGUGAACGUGGUGGACGGGGAGGUGCUGACCAUCACCAAGGUGAGCCGGCUGCACAUGGGCGCCUACCUGUGCAUCGCCUCCAACGGCGUCCCGCCCUCCAUCAGCAAGAGGGUGCUGCUGCGAGUGCAGUUCCCACCCAUGUUGUCGAUACCAAAUCAACUAGAGGGAGCGUACAUCGGCCAGGAUGUGACGCUGGAGUGCCAUACAGAAGCCUAUCCGACGUCCAUCAACUACUGGACGACGGAGAAGGGUGACAUGAUCGUCUCCGGAGACAAAUACGAGGCUGUGUCGAUGGACAACGGCUACAACAAGUACAUGAUGCUGAAGAUCCGCAGCGUAAGCAAGAGCGACUUCGGCUCGUACAAGUGCGUCGCCAAGAACUCCCUGGGGGAGACGGAUGGCGUAAUCAAACUGGACGAAAUUCCUGCGCCGUCCACUACGUCUACAACCACGGACAUCUCCGUGACCAAACCCAACACACUUCGGAAAAAGACAGGCAUGGACGACGACGAGUUCACGCUGGCGUCCCCGGGCCUGCCCACGGUGCGCCGGCCCGCCGCGGCCACCAAGGCGGGCGCCGCCCCCGCGCUGCCGCCGCCCCCGCUGCUGCUGCUGCUGCCGCUGCUGCACGCGCUCACUCUGACGGCGGGCUCCGCCCCCGCCAGCUGACUCGCGACCCGCUGACGGUCGCCGUGUCCGCCUCUCGCCGCCGCCUCCGCCGCCGCCAGCGCGCCCCCAGUACAAAACGCGUCGUAACUCACGCCGCUCUUGUGUUCGGAACUGGCGGAGGAGCUCGCGCUGACGAGCGACGUCGUCGUCGACGAGCGCCGGGCGGUGGCUGCAGGUGACAGCGAGCGAGGCUGGCGCUGAGGUCCCGCCACAGAGACUGCGGCCUGGCAGUGCGGCGGUUCCCGUCUUAGGUUACUACUGUCCUUUCGUUGGUUCCGUGCAGGAAAGUUUUGUAAUACGUGGUAAUUAGAGCUUGAUUGAAGCGGGGCUACGACUUCCAAGUGUAAAAAAAAAAAAAUCAUAGCUUGUACUCGUACUAUUUAUACGCCAACCUUUUUUCAUAAGACGUGCAAGGAUAUGUCUCGUAAAAUUUAAGCUUCGGGAAAAUAACGACAAACACACUCUCCCUUAGGUCCUCCGUGUAGCGCAAGCGGUGGCAACUUUUGUUUGUGUGGACUUAAAUUUGCUUACCUACGGAAAAAAUUUACAUGACCAGUAUACCCACGUUACGCACCACGGUCCACUAACUUAAUUACGAAAGGUGAUGAAUCUGAACCAUCGCACCAAAAUUUGGAUGAAAGUAAGAGACUGGUGACGAUUCACUGACUAUAUUAAAUGAUUAGGUGACAUUUCAAAAUCUAAGUAGAUUGUUAUAAAAAAUCUAGAAAGAAAUGUGAGUGCCAAAAAGAUGUACAGUCUAAUGAUUCACCACUGUAUCGACAAGCAUGAACCGAAGUAAGUUAUCUUAAAGUACUGGUAGUCUGGGAAACUCCUAGAUCUCUCUAAAGGUAUGCAGGUUACGAUUGUGACACUUAGGCCAAACAGGUUCAUAUCCAUGUGUAAACUUAGAGUACCCGUUGUCAUCCGAGCCAUGACUUGCAAAUUACCCAAAGAAAUAAUGACACUAAAAUUUUGACACAACACCUUCACCAUCAUCAUUAUCAGACAUUCGAAGCAUAUGUGGAUAGUUUUGUUCGAGUUCUACCAUGCUGAAAUGCUACGAGGGCUGCUAAGGUCCUAUUUGUCCCGAAAUGGAAACGACAGUGAAAAUAAAAUUUUUUUAUUUGCAACAAUUUGUUAUGCCUUCCGACAAACUCUCUAUAUAGUCACAGUUCCGGCUGAGACGUUCCUGGUACCUAUUUAAAAAAUAGUCGUAGAUUGCAGAAUGUAGCAAUAGAGCGUUACUGUACCAACGUGCCAAAAUGGAAUGGAAUAAUUUUUCGUGGUAUUGUACCAAAUUUUUUAUAAUCUCAUCAUAAGGCAGCCUCCUGUGCGUUCCGUCAGUUCUCUGUGCUGCAACUUGUUGUCUAUGUCAGAAUGUUGUCUUUAUAGUCAGCGGCUCACGUCAGCAGAAAUUAAAAUCGAAGGGAUCCAAGUUAGGGCUGUAUAGUGGGUGACCAAACACUUCCUGUCGAAAACGCUGCGGGGGUCCUCAUUGCCCCCACCGUGUCCGACCGACAAUUUUCAUGAAGAAAGAAAGGCAUGACACGCCGUGUGGGGUGCAUGAAACCAGGCGAAAUCUCUCACAGCCACCCAUAUGUGGCAGGAGACACCAUUUUCUAGGCAUCUUUAUGUGCGCACUGUGCGCUCAGAACUGACAAGAGUGACGUGGCCCGAGCGGCGGGCGUACUAAAGAGACUGUCCAACACAUCUGUGUAAAGCUUCAUCGGAUUUUUACGUCGUUUCCACUGCGCGACCGAUCGAACUAUAAUUUCAAAACAGUCCUCGUACUUACGCUGGUAUUUAGACUUUCUAGGAGUUCUCACGCUAAACUAGUUACCGAUUUAGGCAGCCGGACAUGUCAGUAGGAAUUAUUUGUCGUUUAAUGCAAACAGUUUCCAACAGCCGGCGAAGUUAUAUUUUUUCCAAUUUUUUGUAUCUGCCCUGUGUUAGACGUCGUUUCGUUUCAGCCAAAUCUUGAUAAACUGGGAGUGGGGUGUGUGAUUUGGGAUUGCGAAUUAUUAGAAGUGAGUUUCCGUAAACUUUCUAAACUUUUGGUUGUAGUAGGGAGCUAGAAAUAAUUUCAGUAAAUAGCCGUCAGAAUACUGCCCUAGUAAAAAAAAGUAACCUAAAUGACUCCCUCUAGGUUUACUGGAUUUUACCUGCGACCACCCUGCCUUCAUAUACCUGGACCUGAAAACUGACCCAACAAAUACAUAAGUGUUCGCAUACAUCCUAUACGAGAGUCGACAUAGCGAGAACGCAUGUACCCAGUUUCCUAAUGCUAGCUUUUACAACACCUAAUCUACUCUAAAAUAUGUCUUGCAACUCAUAAUCAACCGAAUUUGUCACUCCGGUCCAGAAGUCAGUAAUCUAUUAUUUAAUAGAAACAGACAUUCAGUGUUUUCUUCCUAGGUAAAUAUACUAGCAGCCUCGAAGUACAGCAUUGUAUGAAGGUUGGACAAUAAUUAUACUGUAUAAUUUUAGCAGCCACUUCCAUUUUUACGCUUAUGUACCGCCUAUCGAAAAAGAUUUGUUUAUUUUCUGUGAUGUGUCCUUAGGGAGAGUGAUUUUUAAAAACUGCUGUUUUAAAUAAUGUACAGGCCUACGCAGCAGUACUGUGAAUAUUGUCUCGUAACAGACGAAAUCUAUUUUUUUGCAGCUGAAGAUUGCUUUACAUACAAAUACCUGAUGACUUCUAGUUGUACAAAAUAAAAGUACUCUCCUGUAUGUUGUUAAGGAAGGCAAUUAAUUUUCUUAUAUAAAUUUGAGGGAACCAGGAACGAAAACAAUAAAUUAAUAAUGCAUGCUGAAAUGAUAUAUAUGUAUAUGAUGUGCAGAGAUCACAUUCUUUGUGAGACUCCAGUGUACCCGAAAUAGACAUGUAUGUAAAUUGCAACUAUGUAUUAUAGCAGAAUAUUGUCCCAAAUAAAGACUAAGUUCGCUAUGAAA